AUUUUUCAAGGGAUGCUGCUUAACACACGCAGCACCUUGUAGGUGUAUCUCGUGGUACCUGAUAUGUGGUUGCAUAUAAGACUACGUAGAGUAAUGCACUUGAUCUUGCUUUGCAAUUGGUCUAGUCCAAACAAACUACACGUAGCACGUGUUCAAUUCGUGCAUGGUGUUGUUGACUUAACGCAAUGAUGCUGCUAUGAACUUGGCUGAGCUGCCUUGCAUACUACAAGGUCAUGGGAGUACGUAUUUCAGAGAUGAUAUGUUAAUAAAGAUAAGUGGUGUUUCGUAGCGCUAGCUAGAUGAAAGUUUAGCAUCCCUUGUUCAGAUCGGGUACACAUCAGUUAUAUAUCUGUCGAGAAAACCGAUUUAUUAAACAAUGGAUGCAAUUGGAAAUCCAACAAUAUGCCGAAAGAAACCAUGCGAAGCCGAAGAUGAGGAAUGCUGGCCAUGUCAAGAUCUACAAUGCAAGCCAAAUGUCGUCUGUUUACCAGACUUUGAGGAAUAUGCAAAGAAGAACAUGACGAAAGAAAUAUUUGAUUACUAUGCAGGGGGAUCUGGUACUGAACAGAGUGUGAGAGAUAAUCAAGAGGCAUUUAAACGAAUUCGCUUACAGUCAUAUAUUCUACGGGAUGUGUCAUCGAGGGAUAUAUCGACCACCAUCCUGGGACAGAAGGUACCCUUCCCUUUUGCCAUCGCCCCUACAGCUAUGCAGAAGAUGGCCCACCCGGAAGGAGAAGUGGCCAUGGCUAGAGCCGCCUCAGCCAUGGGAACCGGCAUGGUUUUGAGUGCUUGGACAACGUGUACAAUAGAGGAAGUAGCAGCGGCAUCAGGUGAUGGACUGCGCUGGUUCCACGUGCAUAUCUUCAGGGACAGGUCAAUUACGAGGAAGAUCAUUGAACGGGCGGAGAGGGCGGGCUACAAGGCUAUCUUCGUUUCUGGUGACACACCUGUCCUGGGAAGGAGGCUUCGAGCGUUGAGGAGUGAAUUCGCGUUACCGUCCAAAUUCAGAUUACAGAGCUUUCCAAAGCAGUUGGAGAUUGAGGAUGGGGCAGAUAAUGACACCUUCCCGCAAUACGUGGACACCCAAAUCGAUGAUGCCGUUAGCUGGGACGACAUAGAGUGGGUCAGAAGCAUCUCGUCACUGCCAAUUGUCGUCAAAGGCAUUCUUACAGCUGCUGAUGCCCGAGAAGCAGUAUCGCGUGGUGUAGCGGGUAUAUGUGUGUCGAAUCACGGAGGUAGACAAUUAGAUGGAGUUCCUGCAUCGAUCGAUGUCCUAGAGGAGGUUGUGGAUGCUGUUCGAGGAUCCAGUAUUGAAGUAUUUUUUGAUGGCGGUAUUCGAUCUGGAAAUGAUGUCCUCAAAGCUCUGGCGCUAGGAGCCCGAGCUGCAUUCAUAGGUCGACCGGCUCUAUGGGCUCUUAAUUAUGAUGGUACUGCGGGAGUCUGCAAAAUGCUGGAUAUUCUUAAAAAAGAAUUUAGCGUUGCCAUGGCUUUGACAGGUUCACUUAGUGUUGCUGACGUAACAAAAGACUUGCUGAGGAGACAAAUCAUUUACGCCAAGCUAUGAGGAUUACCAACACACUUAUCACGA